AUGUUGCUGCGUCAAGUAUAUCUUGCUUUGGCCAUUGCGGCUCUCUCCGAAGCCGCACCGGCGCCUAUUAAACAUGUGUUGCAUGAGAAGCGUGAACGGCAUGGGCUUGAUUGGGUGAAGGGAGAUCGAGUGGAGGGUGAUGCUGUCCUGCCGGUUCGCAUUGGACUGUCCCAGAACAACCUGGACAAGGGUUAUGACUUGUUGAUGGAUGUGUCGCACCCCAGCUCUGCCAAAUAUGGCAAGUAUUGGACUGCCGAGGAGGUCCAUGACAUGUUUGCCCCAUCUGCAGAUGCUGUAGAGGCAGUGCGCGAAUGGCUUCACGAGGCUGGCAUUGACCGGUCCCGUGUUGUCCAUUCAGACAACAAGGGUUGGCUGGCAUUCGAUGCCUAUGCCCACGAAGCUGAAGGCCUCUUCAUGACCGAGUUCUACGAGCACAACCACAUGAGCAGUGCUAGUACGAAGGUUGGAUGUGACAAGUACCACAUUCCGGAGCAUCUUCGGGAUCACAUCGACUAUGUCACUCCAGGAGUCAAGCUAACCCCUGUGCUCAAGAAGCACAAGAAGGCCAAGCGUGCUUCGCACCUCGCCAAAGUCAAGCCCAAUGUCGAGGCCGUAUCCUUUGCUGGCAACGAUGUCGAGCUCUCUGCCAAGGCGAAGUCCCUCUCUUCAGAUCUCCAACUCUGUGGAUACAACAUGACCCCAACUUGCAUCAAAGCACUGUACGACAUCCCUGAUGCUAAAAAGUCGAGGAAGGGCAAUUCUCUUGGUCUCUAUGAGCAGGGUGACUACUUUGCCAAGUCAGAUCUAGAUCUCUUCUACAAGGAGUAUGCUCCCUGGGUGCCACAGGGUACAUACCCCAUCCCAGCGCUGAUCGAUGGAGCCAAUUUUUCUGUACCCGCGUACAGCUCGCUCAAUACCGGCGAGUCGGACAUUGACAUUGACUUGGCCUAUUCCCUGAUCUAUCCACAGUCCGUAACUCUCUAUCAAGUUGAUGACCAGCUCUAUGAGCCGGAGGAGGUUGCCACAACCAAUCUGUUUAACACUUUCCUGGACGCUUUGGAUGGUUCCUAUUGCACGUACAGCGCCUAUGGAGAGACUGGUAACGACCCCUCCAUCGACCCCGUCUAUCCCGACACCCGCCCUGGUGGAUACAAAGGAAAGCUCCAAUGCGGUGUUUACAAGCCUACCAACGUCAUCAGCGCCUCCUACGGUCAAGCCGAAGCCGACCUCCCUGUCAGCUAUACCAAGCGCCAAUGCAACGAAUUCAUGAAGCUCGGUCUGCAGGGUCACUCGAUUCUCUUCGCCUCCGGUGACUACGGUGUCGCUUCCUUCCCAGGCGAUGGAACUGCCAACGGUUGCCUUGGCCCAGAACAGAAGAUCUUCAACCCCCAGUAUCCAUCCAACUGUCCCUAUGUUACCUCCGUCGGCGGCACGAUGAUCUACAAAGAUCAGACCGUUAAAGACCCUGAGAGUGUCAUGCAUGUCAAUCUCGGUGGCACUGCGACCAACUUUAGCACUGCAGGCGGGUUCUCGAACUACUUCCCCCAGCCGGCGUACCAGAAGCAGGCUGUGGAGAAGUACUUCAAGAAGGCAGACCUGACCUACCCGUACUAUUCGGAGUUUGAGGUCAACGUCAACAAGACCAAGGGUGUGUAUAACCGUAUUGGCCGUGCAUACCCCGAUGUCGCCGCCAAUGGUGCUAUGUUCCGUGCAUACACGAACGGAUUCGACUACCACUACUAUGGAUCAAGUCUGGCGUCGCCGUUGUUUGCGUCAGUCCUCAACUUGAUCAACGAGGAGCGCCUGGCAGCUGGCAAGGGCACUGUUGGCUUCGUGAACCCGGUGCUCUAUGCCCACCCCGAGGUUCUCAAUGAUAUCACCAAUGGAACCAAUGCGGGAUGUGACACGAAUGGAUUCGCUGCUAUUUCAGGAUGGGACCCGGCAACCGGAUUGGGAACCCCCAACUACCCUAAGAUGGAGAAGUUGUUCAUGUCCUUGCCGUAA